GAUCAUGACGCGUAGCCGGCGUGGCGAAAGUGCUACCUACCAUCACACGCUAUUUCUACAAUAGCUUGUUUGAACGUUGGCGCGAGUUUAAACCGAGAUAAGGAUAAAAUUAGAUAAUAACGCAGGAUUUGGGUCUCUGAGAAUUCGAAACAUAUUAAAAUGAAUCGCGGUGAGUUGGAAGAUUUGACGAAACACAUCAAUGACAAGAUUUCACUCGUCAAGAGACUCUUAGAGCUGCGAGCAGUAGCAAAAGAUCCAGAUAAGCGGGCCUACCUGCACAAAAUCGAGCAUGACAUCAACGCCAUAAACGGACUUCUCGAUCGGUUUGAGAGAUAUGUCAGUCAGCAGAGAGACCUACUAAAGCAUCUACAGGACCUGGAUACGUUCUUCCAGGAGGAUGAGCAAAACGCACAGCACCUAUUAGAAAACAUCCCCCCACACAUGCCUCGCAAAGGAGCGCAGCUGAUCGUUCAGGGAGGACAGACUACAGCUCUCAGCAAGCAGGCUGAAGUGAAUAUAGUCCCCCAGGAGCAAGACCAGCCCAGGAAGCCCCCGCGGAGCCAGAUCAAAGAGAUGGAGUUCAUUACAGUGCAGGAGUUCGACAGCAUCCCACAGUACAUGAAGGGACGAGUGACAUAUGACCAGCUGAACUCUGCUGUAAAAAGCAUCAACAUGGCCAUUACAGGGAAAUAUAAAAUCUUCCAGCAGCCUGUCAAGAGCCUGAGUAACGCAGCCCGGAAGUUUCAUCAGCGCUUCAAAGAGCAGGAGACCAAGGACACUAAGGGUCAGUUCUUUGUGGUGGAGGAGGACCUGCGUGAACUGGCUCAGCUGAAGGUGGAUAAGCGUUUUGUGGGUAUGUUGAACAUGCUGAGACACUGCCAGAGACUAAAGGAGCUGCGGGGCGGUGGUCUGACACGCUACAUGCUGCUGUGAUCCUCCAAACAUCAUCAGGAACACCAAUGAAUAUCCCUCCUUUUGAUUUAUAUUAACAAUGCUGUGGUUCGGGGAUCUGCACAUGUGCAGGAAAACCUCACAUCCUGGUGUUCUCGAGUUCUUCUGGAGCUCAUCAGAUGAGAUCGCUUGAGAAUUUCAUAAGCUGCAACAUCUCGCUGAAACAAAAUCAAGCUUCCCCUGUAAAUCACCCCAAAGUAUUUCACAUCACAACUGUCUUCUUUUAAUGUCUUUGUCUGAUUUUAAUGUAUGUUAAAAAAAACUUUGUAAAUAAAUGAAUUAACAUGAACAUA